AUCUUCCACUACGCCAAGGGCCAGCCCUACAUCGAUGACGUCGGGAGCUUCAAGGAGCGCAUGGAAUGGGUCGGGAACCCCCGGCGCAAGGAUGGAUCCAUCGCCAUCCACAGCCUGGAGCCCACCGACAACGGCACCUUCACCUGCGACGUCAAGAACCCCCCGGACAUCGUGGGCAAGUCCUCGCAGGUCACUCUCUACGUCCUCGAGAAAGUGCCCACCCGCUACGGCGUCGUGCUGGGCUCGGUGAUCGGCGGGGGGCUGCUCGUGGUGGCCGUGCUGGUGGCCCUGGGCUAUGCCAUCCGCUUCUGCUGGCUGCGGCGCCAGGCGGUCCUGCAGCGGCGCCUGAGCGCCAUGGAAAAGGGGAAGCUGCAGCGCUCGGGCAAAGACGGCUCCAAGCGCAGCCGCCAGGCCCCCGUGCUCUACGCCAUGCUGGACCACGGCCGCGGCGCCAAGAAAUCCAAGGGCGCGCCGGGAGAUUCCCGCAAGGAUAAGAAAUAGCGGUUGGAGAAGGGCACCGAGG